CACACUUUCCAUAUUGAAGCUGGAAAGAGGAGGAAAGGGAAUCCAACUGAGAGAGAGAGAGAGAGAGAGAAUCAGAGAGUUGUAGAGUGGUGGAGAGAGAGAGAAGAGAUGGCAUCUUUCGACGCGUACAGCAUGGACGGAGAUGUGUCGGCGCGUCCAUUUGACGACGGCGGAUACGCUGCCUUCGACGAUUCGUAUACUGCCUUCUCUUCCACCGACACUCCGCCGUACUCCGGCGCUGGUUUCAGCCAGGAGUACGUGGAGGUCGAGGAGGUGCAGGUGGAUCAAGUGAACAGCUCCGAUCCGUUCGGAUUCGGGGGGAAUACUGAAGCUCCUUUUGGAUCCUCCGGUUCGAUUCCGAUCUCGAAUGGAAAUGGAAAAUCGCCUUAUGACAUUGGGGAUGAUUCCGAGGGAAUAUUUAGCUCGGAUGGACCGAUCCUUCCGCCUCCCAGUGAGAUGCAAGAAGAAGGAUUCGCGCUGCGCGAAUGGCGGAGGCUAAAUGCCCUUCGGCUGGAGGAGAAGGAGAAGAGGGAAAAAGAAAUGCGAAACCAGAUUAUAGAAGAGGCUGAACAAUUUAAGCAAGCUUUUUACGAGAAAAGGAAGCUUAAUGUAGAGACUAACAAGACCAACAACAGAGAGAAAGAGAAGUUAUACUUGGCCAGUCAAGAAAAAUUCCACAAAGAGGCUGAUAAGCAGUACUGGAAAGCCAUAGCAGAGCUCAUUCCAAAUGAGGUGCCCAACAUUGAGAAGAGGGGAAAGAAGAAGGAUCAAGAAAAGAAGCCAUCUAUAACUGUUGUCCAAGGUCCUAAACCUGGCAAACCAACUGAUCUUUCAAGGAUGCGUGGAAUACUUGUGAAGCUGAAGCACAAUCCCCCACCUCACAUGUUACCACCCCCACCUGCUCCUGCCAAGGAGGGGAAAGAUGGCAAGGACGGGAAGAACAUAAAGAAUGCAAAGGAUGCAGCGCCUAAUGCAACUGGACCCGGGACAAAAGAGGCACCAGCAGUACCUGCCAAAGAUUCUGUUCCCAAUGGUGGUACACAGGAAUCAGAAGAACCUACUCUUCCUGCCAAUGACCAGCCGGCUAGUUAAAUGAUUCUAAACCUUGUUUCCAUACUCUCUGGAUUCCUGUUCCCAGAACUGCCUCUUUUAUCUUCAUAAUUUUUUAUUCCUUCAUGCGCCCCAUUUUGUAUUGUCAAAGAUGAACAGAGAUAGAAACUGUGGCUGGAUCUAGCACCCAUGUUUUGAGCUUCCGGUCGAGAUUCAUGUGUUGUGUAGUAUAAUUGCUUGAACGCAUCUUGUUAUCGUGAUCUUCUUUUUGGGUUGUUCUUUUCA